AUGCCGAUGUUCACAUUCUCUUCGCCCAAGAACUCUUCUCUGGAUUCAUGUCCCAUAGAAUCUUAUCGCGAGCUAAAUGGCGAACCAUUAGAAGAUAAUGCUUAUGGAAUUGUUCUUCGAGAGGGAUAUGCUACUAGUUCAUCGAGAAGCUCAUGGGAGAGCAGUGGUACUGCCAUCGAGCCGAUGAAAUCAUUUUCUCCGAGUGGUCCGCAGAACCUUGACCUAAGUGGAAGUUCCUUUGGCAACUCACCUCCGCCAGCGUAUGCAGAUACAUCGCCGGCACCAGCGAAAGUGUAUCCUCGUCAUGAACAAGACUUUAGCACUCAGAGCAGCAAUGAAAGAGUCAGCGAUUUCUUCUCGCAAAGCGGUAGCUCUUCUUCUGAUUUUUCGGAAGAAUCUCCUCCGAGAAAUUUUCAUGAAAGAUGUGGCAGGAAAGGUGACUUGGACGAUGGUCCAGCAUUGUUUGAAUGCGCUGAGUACUCUUUCGAAGCUGUUACACCAGUGACAAGAGACAGAGGUGGUCCUCAACUAGCUUUGCCAAGGACAUACAUUUGGUUAAGCCAUCAGGAGACUGCUCAUGCCAUUGGUCCCCUAUUUAUGUCUGCUCAGAAGCCAUCUGGAGCUUCAUGUGAAGAUCGUCGUCUUGUUUUGUUAAAGGCUGCAUCAGAAAUGAGGAAACGGAAGUACACAAUGGAAGCUUUCCACCUUGGUGCUUACAUCUUGGAUAAGUGCUUGGAUUCAUUUCAUGUUUCGAGAGAUGCAUUAGCUGACGUAUGCGCUGUUUCUAUGGUACUUGGAACGAAGAUGGAAGAAUACGACUCGCUUACGCCCGGUACGGUAAAUGGACUUGCAGGUGCCACUAAAGAUAAAGCACGUCUUUGCGAUAUUGAAAAGCGUAUCGUAUACGAAAUGACGGAUGGAUUUUGCUUCUCAACACCGCUCGAUUUUGCUAAUUAUAUGCUUGAGGAACUAAAUUGCACUGAUGAGCAAAUCCGCCAUGCUCACUACCUGUUGGAUUUGGCCUUACUAGACUCGAGAUUUCGCGAUGAAGGAGGACCUAGGGUAGCCCACGCGGCUGUAUGUAUUUCAUCCGCAAUUAUCACAAAGAGAGAGUCCUCAUUUGAAUCAGAAUUCCAUGCUCUAUUCGAGAUGGAGCGAAGUCUUCUAGAGCUUACGAAAUUUCCCGUUGGUAGUACACGCGAUGUGAUGCGGGGUUUGAUGUAUGAGAUGAAAUGGGUAGACAACAAGCGUGUAUGUUUUUGCGAGUGUUCGCCGGCAUUAUGGGAUAUCAUCUGCGGGGAUGGCACCAGUUUCUGUGAAAGGAGUGAAUUAUGCAUGUUGAUGAGUAAAUUCACGGAAAUUUUUCAAGGUGGUAAAGAGCAAGCUGAUGAUUAA